UACUCGAUAAUGAGCCAGCCAAUUGUGACCGUGAAGCAAGGUAAAUUGAAGGGAGGAAUAGUGAAAAAUGUUUUAGGAGGAAAAUAUAUCGCGUUCAGGGGGAUACCGUAUGCUGUUCCACCCAUUGGAAAACUCAGAUUUAAGGACCCGAUACCGAUUGGACCGUGGACCGACGUUAAGGACACCACGAAACCCACUCAAUACUACUGCCCGCAAAAGCAGAUCUACCCACCUUACCAAAUCAUCGGAUCCGAGGAUUGCCUUUACCUGAACGUCUACACCAAUUCUCUCGAUCAAUCGAAACCGGUUAUGUUCUAUGUUCACGAGGGUGCAUUCAUAUUUGGUAGUUCGAGUUUUCAGGACGUGAGGCCCGAUUACUUGCUCCCGAAAGACGUGGUGGUCGUCUCGACUAACUACAGAGUCGGUGCAUUCGGAUUCCUAAAUCUGGGCCACCGAGUCGCGGCCGGGAAUUACGGCCUCAAGGAUCUGAUCUUGGCUUUGGAAUGGGUGAAGGAAAAUAUCUCCAACUUUGGGGGGGAUCCUAACAACGUGACGAUUUUCGGCGUAAGCGCAGGAUCGGUUUUGGUUCACGCUUUGCUCUUGUCGCCACGCGCGAAAGGAUUAUUUCACAAAGCGAUCGCGCAGAGCGGAAUGCUUUCGAGCGCCUGGAGCAAGAAUCAAAGUCAACCCGAUCGUGGAUUUAAAUUGGCCGCUACUCUCGGAAAAGUAUCCGACGAUCCCGAGGAGGUGGUCGAAUUUCUGCGAAAAGUGGCGGCCGAGGAUAUCGUGAAAGCUCAGCCUACUAUCCUCACGUUGGAGGAGAAAUUCUCUUACGCUAUUCCUUUUGGGAUCAAUUGCGACGAGAUGGCGGAGAAUCCCGUUAUGCCAGAACCUAUCGACCAAUUGCUCACAAAUCCAAUCGCUAACGUACCCGUGAUAAUAAGUUACACGGCUCACGAGUACAUCAUGUUCCUAAGAGGCAGAGGUCAAAAUAUAUUAAACGUUUUGAACGAGUAUCUGCCCACGUACGUGAACAGUUUGAGAGUGUUGAAGAAGUUGGAUGACGAACAAAUCGAGGAAUUAUACGAAAUUUUGACCAAUCAAUACUUCGACGGGAAACCGAUCAACGAUAAGAAACUGCGAAAAGUGAUCGAUCUUCUCACUCUCAUUUAUUUCGAGCUACCCGCCAUUAUGACUAUAGAGGAUCGAGCGAAGAGAUCGCUUUCCUCUACUUAUCUGUGCAAAUUCUCCUUCGUUGGCAACGAGAUAUCUCUUUCGGAUCUGGUAGUGAAACGUCAAGUUUCUGGAGCGUCUCACACCGACGACGCCCCAUAUUUGAUAUAUUCACCGAGGUUGAAAAGUGACAAUCCUGAUCCACCGGCGGUCGGUACGAAAGACAGGAUUACGAUGGAACGAAUGACCAGGAUGUGGACUAAUUUCGCUAAAACGGGGAAUCCUACUUCGAUCAAAGACGAGUUCGUCAACGUCGAUUGGAAGCCUGUUACCACGAACGAUCUCUCCUACUUGGAUAUUGGCAGCAAAUUGGAAAUCCUCCCUGUUUUACCGCAUAUUUUAAGGGACGAGAUAUUGAGCACGAAUAAAAAUCGAAUAGUAAAGGAAAAAAGGCGAAUCAUGCCGUCUAUUUUCUUUAACAAGGAAGAAGGGAACAGACGGUGGCUCUGGUGA